GACGAUCGUCCAGUCUGGUUCGUGAAUUUCUGGUUGAUUCCCAGUGACAAUUGACAGUUGAGGAUUCCGACGUUCAUCCCGCAAUCCCCCCCCGGCAAUCCCACUCCGAACCGAUCACCCGUCGCGACAGACGGCUCCGAAGAUACCGACGAUGGCCGAAGAACAGAAGACGGUCCCCGCGGGGAAUGCCGCUGCCGAACAGGACGUGCAGAACGUGUUGGCGGACUUGAAGGGAGAGAACGGCGCCCCCGCCAACGGGGAGGAGAAGAAGGAGGAAGCUUCCGCCGACGCCGACGAGGCGCGCAUCGUCGCGGCCGCCGCCCAGCUGGGGGAGAAGUCGGAGAAGGCCGAGGAGCAGAAGGAGCAGAAUCAGCAGCGCGGCCGGGGCGCGGGCCGUAACCAGGCGCGCUUUGACCCCAGCUCCCAGCAGGAGACCGACGACCCCGUCGAGAUCCGCAAGCAGGUCGAGUUCUACUUCUCCGACUCCAACCUGCCCAUGGACAAGUUCCUGCUCUCCCAGGUUGGCGGCAGCGCCAACCGCCCCGUCGCUCUGGAGCUGCUGUGCUCCUUCAAGCGCAUGCGUCGCUUCCAGCCCCGCAGCGCCAUUGUCGCCGCCCUCCGCGACUCGGCCGCCGUCGAGCUGACCGAGAACGACACCGCCGUGCGCCGCAAGACCCCGCUGCCCGAGACCGUCAAGGAGGCCCACGACCCCGGCGUCGCCAAGGUCUUCGAGGACAAGGCCAUGGGCCGCAGCAUCUACGCCAAGGGCUUCGGCGAGGAGGGCCCCACCACCCAGCUCGACAUCGAGGCCUUCUUCGCCCCCUACGGCCCCACCAACGCCAUCCGUCUGCGUCGCACCCACGACAAGCUCUUCAAGGGCAGCGUCUUCGUCGAGUUCGCCUCCGAGGAGAAGCAGCAGGCCUUCCUGGCCCUCGACCCCAAGCCCCAGUGGCAGGGCAAGGACCUGCUCAUCAAGAGCAAGAAGGAGUACUGCGAGGAGAAGGUCAAGGAGAUCGAGGCCGGCCGUGUCCGGCCCAGCGGUGGUCGCGGUCGUGGGCGCGGUCGUGGCGGCCGGGGUCACGGCCGGGGUCGUGGCGGUCGCAACGGGGGCGAUUGGCGCCAGCGUCGCAACGAGGACCAGCAGAAGGACAGCCAGAGUGAGCGCCGCGACGUGCAGAAGGAUGCUCGUGGCGUCCCCGUCGUGCAGAGCACCACCGACAGCGCGGAAUCCGGCCAGAAGCGUAGCCGCGACGACGAGUCCUCUGCGCAGCCCCCCGCUAAGAAGGUGGACGCGAAGGAAUAGAUUCGCUUUUCGACCUCGGAAGAUGGGAUGGGCAUCGGGGGAUGCCCGGCGAGGGGGAAAAAAACUACAUUUAUCACGGAUAUCAUUGAUCCGAUCGGCGUUGUUGUACACGUGAAUGAAUUAUUUGCUCCUGUUUUGGUCGGAUGCGUUUUUCC